GUGUGCGGGCUCGGAGGAGUCAAGGCAGCAUCUAUUUUUUUGACUGUGCAUACAGCUUUGAGGUUUGGUCUUUCUUUUGCUCACGCCUUCAUCUCUCGCCUCCCACUUUGUUUGAAGAGUGCUUGAGAUGGCUGAAAGACCCAACACCAGAUGCUAAUGUGUUGCUCAUUGUAAGGCUGAUCUUUCAAGCUGUUAUCCAUGUGGUUUGGAAAGAAAGGAACUUGAGAUUGCACACGGGGUUAUGUAGACCAUCUCAGGCAAUCAUUCAAGAAAUUCAGCAAACUAUCAAGCUCCGACUAGAUCCACUGUCUCGAAGUUUAAGGAUGUCUUACUCAGCGACAGCAACAACUCCUCUUGGUUUUUGGUUAAGUAUUUUUUAAGGGCUCCUUUUUGAAAGUCUCUACCUCCCCUUGUUGGGUGAUUUUUUUCUGUAAAGUUAGGCUUAGCUCUAACUUUUCGGUCCACUGCAGACUUGUAACCGAAUUUUUUUGGUUGCAUUAUUAAUGAAUCGGAGUUUAGGUAAAAAAAAGAAUUAAUAAAUUAACAGAAGGAUUGGGUGUAUGAAAUGAUCUAUCGCAUACAUAUUGGUUGAGUUAAAUACUUGAAAACAAUCAAAUAACCAAUGUUCAAAUAGCAUUGACAGGACAUAAUUGGACGUCUAGUCGUCUACCGAAUUAAUAAAAGAUAUGAGUGGAUUACUUUCAGAAUUGUUAUAUCUGUGUGGAUAAGUGAUAGUACAUUAUUUGCAAACCUAAUCCUUAUUUUUUGUUACACUCUUCUUAUCCACGCGUAAUUUACCGUUUUUACUCGUUUUCUUACUUUUACUCGAAACUUUAACUAUAUAGACAUCAAGUUACAGUAUAGUUUAAAUUUAAGACAAAAUAAACGAUAUUUUCGUACGUUUUUAAUAUUUCUAGGUCCUAUGAGACCAUGGAAGCCGUGUCUGAGAAUAUAGCCAAUAAUGUUGCCAUUCAUAUCUUUCUCUUUUUUAAUUAGUAUAGGGACUAUGAACAUAUUUCACUCCUCUAAUGACAAGGCCGACCCACAUCAUUGGACGGUAAGGAAUCACUGCUUUAAUAAAAAGGAACGAUUGGGAAAAAAAUAUGGAGAGAUGCCUUUUGACAUGUUGACAGACCAUGAAAAUGUUUAAUGGUAUGAUACAUUUUAACAAUCGCAUGAUUUAUAUUUUGACCUUGCAAAAAACAACAUGAGAUGAGUUUAGGACAUUGACAAUUUAAUAAGCAUCAACACAUAUACGGAACAGUGAAAGAUGAAGAGGUCAAUAAUUGCUGGAGAAAAAAGUGGAGAGACUGUUGGCUCUUUCUCGGCUAUAAAUUUACCUUUCGUUUCUUUCCAUCUAUCAACUCAAAACUGAGACUUCAAUUCUCUGCCUGUUAAGGUCAAAUAAAAGAUGGAGAAUUCUAGCCUGAAGGAUCUUUCACGAAUACUCCCUCGCGUCCUUGUCGUCUCUAGACGCACCCUUCGCAAGAACAAAUUUGUUGAUUUCGUUGGUGAAUACCAUCUUGAUCUUAUAGUCGAGUAUGGUGCUGUCCCGGUGAUUGUACCACGAGUAGCUGGCGUUGACAAGUUACUUGAAAGCUUCAAACCCAUCCAUGGAGUUCUCCUCUGUGAGGGAGAAGACAUCGACCCUUCUUUUUACGAGUCAGAAAUAUCGUCUCUUUCACCUGAAGAACUCGACGAGAUCCGGAAAACACAUGCGAGUGAUGCAGCUAUAGACAAGGAAAAAGACUCUAUUGAGUUUGCUCUUGCAAAGCUAUGCCUUGAACAGAACAUUCCUUACUUGGGAAUUUGCAGAGGAUCACAAGUUUUAAAUGUUGCUUGUGGGGGGAGUCUAUAUCAGGAUUUGGAGAAAGAGGUCACAACUAAGCUCCCCGAGGAACAUAGAAGAAAGCACAUUGAUUAUGAUGACUAUGAUGGUUAUAGACAUGAGGUGAAGAUAGUAGAGAACAGUCCUUUGCAUGAAUGGUUCAAAGAUUCCUUGGAUGAAGAAAAUAUGGAGAUCUUGGUCAACAGUUAUCAUCACCAGGGGGUUAAGAGAUUGGCUCAGAGAUUCGUGCCGAUGGCCUUUGCUCCCGAUGGAUUGAUCGAAGGGUUUUAUGAUCCUGAUAUGUACAAUCCCAAAGAGGGCAAGUUUCUCAUGGGUUUACAGUUCCAUCCAGAGAGGAUGAGAAAGAAUGGUCUCGAAGAAUUCGAUUUCCCCGGUUGUCCUGGUGCUUAUCAGGAAUUUGCGAAGGCAGUUAUUGCAUAUCAAAAGAAAGUGAAUAGCUCAUUGUCUGUUCCUAAAAAGUUGGAACUCAAUCCAGAAAUGGAAAACAAAAGGAAGAUACUUGUCAGGAGCUUCUCGCUUGCAAGGUCUAUGUACACCAGAUCUUAUUCGAUGAAGAACCAAUCUACUGAAUCAGAACUCGACGUUGGAGCUGAGUUUCUUGAGUCAAAUACGGCUUUAAGUAUGGAUCAAGAGAUGAAGCUGAGAGAGAUGGGAACGACGAUGAGGAACGGAGGAUCAUUCACGCAAAAGCUAAGGCUUGAUGAGGAUAAGCAGAGGAAGGCAAUGAACAUAAUGAAGAAGAUGAACGUGGAGCGACUCUCUGAGCUCAUUGCUUUCUAUACCUUGAUGGGGAAGAUCUCUAGUGAGGUAUUGGAGAGAAAGCUUAAUGGCUCACUCGAUGACCACAGUCUCACUUCGCAAUGACGUCAGUAACGCUGAAUGUUAAAAUUUGGUUAUUUUAUUAUUGGUGUUUAAACUUACUUUCUGCAUUGAAAAAGUACUGUAUGAUUUACGUCAAUAUAAGCAUACGGCUUUUCAUGAAAGUUUGGUUAAUGCAUGAGUGAUUAUGAAUGUACUUUGACUAAAUAAAUUGUAAUAGUUGAUAUUUUAAACGAGUAAGAUAUUACUCCUUCUGUUUCAAUUUAGUUGUCGUUGUAAAAUAAAAAAUUUUCAUUUUAAAAUAAGUGUCAUUUUAUAA